CUCGCGUACGACCCUGUGUACGCUUGGCAUGUACGUACCACCGUUCCGUUGCCAAAGGUACUUCCCGAAUCAGAGACGAUAUGACUUUCAGUUCCAAAGACGACAACCUCGUCUCUUUGAUCAGACUCGAUCCAAACAAAGAGCGCAGCAUAGAUGUCCGCAACCAUCUAGGGCGACCAACGUACCACACACAAAACAACAGGUUUGACUUGCCUGUCGAGGGUGCAAACUCACCAGUCGUCGUUGCCAUCACUGCCGAUACCAUACCCAUCUUUCAUCAUCACCUUCAGCCUUAUUACAAUCGUUGGGCUGAAGUAACCACCGACAAAUGGGUAUUGGAAAUAAUAUCAGGUUUCACCAUCCCCUUUGCAUCUAUACCCCCUACCCAUCCACCAACCCCGUCCCUUUUCAGGGACCCCUCUCACGACACUCUUUUGCGACAGGAGGCUCUACGCCUACUUGCCAUUGGAGCCAUAGAGAGAGUCCCAAAAGAGUUCAAAGGGAGAGGCUUUUAUUCCCACUACUUCCUGAUGCAAAAGAAGACAGGAGGAUGGAGGCCGAUUCUCGAUCUGCGUCGGCUCAACCGUUAUCUGCAGAGAAGACGUUUCAAGAUGGUGACUCUGGCCACAAUAAUCCCAUCUCUGAAUCACAACUGGUUUGCAGCCCUCGACUUGCAGGACACAUAUUUUCACAUUACAAUUCAUCCGGCGCACAGAUGCUUCUUGUGCUUCGUGAUAAACAACCAUUUCCAAUACAGGGUCCUCCCCUUUGGCCUGGUGUCGACUCCCACAGUUUUCUCAAGGACUCUAGCGGUCGUCGCGGCAUAUCUCCAUCGCCAGCACGUUCUCAUAUUCCCUUAUUUGGAUGAUUGUUUCAUAAAGGCGCCAAUGCAUUUAUGGAGACCAUGUGAAUGAUCUCGUUGACCAGA